AUGCCAAUACGAGAUGUCCAAAAUGAAUACGAUGCAGCAGUUCGAAAAGUUCAAAGGACCGAUAAGCUACCCCCAAAACUUCUUUUUGUCUUGAGAGCCGUUUCAUCAUGCUUCGGAUUCUGCAUGUCAAUAUUCCUGAUCACGAUUGGAUGGAUUAAUAGACGUAAUUGCGAAGAAGACAAACACAUUCCAUAUUGGCUCAUUGUUACCGGAGUCGUCAUUUUCAUUAGUGCUCUAAACUUCCCAUUCUACUUGAUUGGAUGGCGUCGCGCUCGUCAAACUCUGGCACCAGAGAAACCCACAGAGACAGACAUCAAGAAUGCGACACCAUUCAAAAUGCACAGAAUCAGUAGAUUUACAUUCUGUUGUCUUUGUAUGUGUAUCCCAAUCGGAAUCCUUUGGACAUUCCAAAUUUACCACGACCAUGAUAAUUGUGAUAGUCUAACCUAUUGGACUGCAUUCAGUGUAAGCAUCCUCUAUCUUUGCUGGAUGUGUCUGAUGGUUUCCGUUUGUCUUCUCGGAUGCUGCAUGGUCGGAGUUUCUCGUGCUGCUAAACAAGUGACGGCUGUCAAACAGAAGAAACAACAACGGACCACCGUACAAACUGCAUAG